ACACAGCCUAAACAUCGGUAGAGAGAGAGAGAAAAAAGACACCGAAGAAAAGAACCUGCUCUUCCCCAGAACAGAGUUUGGUUUCUCGGAUUCCUCGCAUUCACCCAUUUUUCGAUCCAACCCCAUCAUCAAUCAUCAUCCUCAUCUUCCUUCCCCAAUUCUCUUUUCUAUUCUUCUUCCUGAUCAGAUUAUUCUCCGGGGGAAAUUGGAAGGAAAGAAAAAAAGUGGAAGAAAAACGAAGAGAAUUGAGGGGAAGAAGAAGAAGGAGAUUGAAAAAGGGGAAGAACUCGAAUACCCAGGUGAUUCAUCUGGUAAAAGUUUCGAUUUUGGGAACUGGGUGUUUCUCGUUUUGUCUUCACCGGCGGUGAUGGACUUGGACAGCAUCGAGUGCGUGUCAUCAUCUGAUGGCAUGGAUGAGGAUGAGAUCCACGCCCACCAUCACUCUGAGUUUUCUUCAACGAAGGCUCGCAAUGGAGGAGGCAACAAUAACAACGCCGCCAUGGGUCCCACCGCCAUUACUCCGGCGACCAGCGUCCACGAGUUGCUGGAAUGCCCUGUAUGUACCAAUUCAAUGUACCCACCAAUUCAUCAGUGCCACAAUGGCCACACAUUGUGUUCGACGUGUAAAACAAGGGUGCACAACCGAUGUCCCACUUGUAGACAAGAGCUUGGGGAUAUUAGGUGUCUAGCACUGGAGAAGGUGGCUGAAUCACUUGAGUUACCUUGCAAGUACUACUCCCUUGGAUGUCCAGAAAUCUUUCCAUACUACAGCAAGCUUAAGCAUGAGACAAUAUGCAAUUUCAGACCAUAUAGUUGUCCUUAUGCGGGAUCCGAGUGUUCUGUUGUCGGGGAUAUUCCCUUCCUCGUUGCUCACUUGAGGGAUGACCAUAAGGUGGACAUGCACACGGGAUGCACGUUCAACCAUCGUUAUGUGAAGUCAAAUCCCCGUGAAGUAGAGAAUGCAACCUGGAUGCUCACAGUAUUUCAUUGUUUUGGCCAAUAUUUCUGCCUGCAUUUUGAAGCUUUCCAGCUUGGCAUGGCCCCCGUUUACAUGGCAUUCCUUCGUUUCAUGGGCGAUGAGAAUGAGGCUCGGAAUUAUAGCUAUAGCCUAGAGGUUGGGGCCAAUGGCAGGAAGCUAAUCUGGGAGGGUACGCCUCGGAGUGUUCGAGAUAGCCACCGUAAAGUCAGGGACAGCCAUGAUGGCCUCAUCAUCCAAAGAAAUAUGGCCCUAUUUUUCUCUGGUGGGGAUAGGAAGGAGCUGAAACUCAGAGUUACAGGUAGAAUAUGGAAGGAACAACAGAAUCCAGAUGCUGGGGUGUGCAUACCAAAUCUCUGUAGCUAACAUAUUAUUUGAGGGGCAUGUUUAUGCAUAUGGUUUGUUUGUUUGGGACACUCUUCUGAGCUUGUGUACACCAACUCUGUUUGUUGUAAAAGCUUUAAGGCACUAAGGUGGCUUUCAAAUUUCCAGUUUUCUUGAGCUUGUGUAAUAAACAAGUUUUUUUUUCUUCAGAAUUUGGAUAGUUUUUACAGUGCUACAGUAUUGUAUGUACUCCACCACCUGUAACAUUCUCAUCUGUGUCUUUGUAAUUUGUAUGAUUAGUUAUUUCACUUCUUGUACUGGAA